UACUGACGUUUGGUCCUCCAAGCUCAGUAAAGCCAAAGCCUUGCACUUCACUCUUCUGACUUAAAGCAGAUUAUCGGUAGUGGCUCACGCUGCUUUCUUAUUUGCAGUAAUGUAGGCAUGCAGUUUACUGUUAUUUUGACAGGGCAAGUUGUCAGUGUUGUUGACAGGUCACUAACGUUACAGCUCCCCGGGUUGAGGAUGCAAUUAGACCUGUAGCAGCUGUCUUUUUAACUGUUUCCAUCCGGUGUUGCUAGCUUGAAUUUAAAAAUCAUUCUACGUUGAUGUGUACCAACGUACUCGCACAGUUGUUUUACGAAGGUUUGUGACAGGUGUAUAUGUGUGUUGCGUAUGCGACAUUCAGAGGUUUCUAACAAAUCUGAAAUUGAAUCUUUCCUUUAUGAAAUCUCAUUCUAGAUCAGCAGGAAACUGCUUUGUAAGCUCUCUGUCAUGUUUGAAGUAUAUCUAGGAUGACUGCAUCGUUCAUAAAAAAGGCAGUGGGUGCUGUGGUCUGCUGCCAUGGUGCUUUCUGUACACCACACAGUCAUAUUGGUAGUAAAAGAAAGGCGUGUCCCAUGGUGAAAAAAUGUGUAACUGGACUAAACUAAUUGUGUUGAUGAGGAUUGCCUGUGUGAAAGGACUCGUAAAGGAAUGGCUUCUUCCUCCACUCCACUACUUGAAUUAGAGUCUGCUUUUUAAAACAUUGCUUGGUGAAAAGAUAUAACAAAGAAUUACAUUUUUACAUCCUGAAUCCAAAUCUAAAAAUGUUUAUCAGAUUGAACUGGUAUCUAUGGUAUCUACGUACUAUCUGUAGUGAUUGGCAACACUGUGUCCAUUAUAUUCCACCAGAACAACACUGGCAUCGUCUAACAGAUCUAAACAGUAUCAGGGAACCUCGCUGGGCCUCUGUGAACAGAGGUGUGUUGAUUUGCGAUGAGUGCUGCAGUGUUCAUCGAAGUCUGGGAAGACAUAGCUCCCAGGUCCGUCACCUGACGCACACACCAUGGCCCCCCACACAGCUACAGAUGGUCCAGACGUUAUACAGCAAUGGUGCUAAUUCAAUAUGGGAGCACUCCCUUCUGGACCCUGCAUCUGUGAUGAGUGGAAAACGCAAGGCCAACCCUCAGGACAAACUGCACCCAAACAAAUCAGAGUUUAUAAGAGCCAAAUAUCAAAUGCUGGCAUUUGUCCACCGCAUGCCUUGCCGGGAGGAUGACAGCUCGACAGCCAAGGAUUUAAGCAAGCAACUUCACUCUAGUGUACGCACCGGGAAUCUCGAGACUUGUUUGAGGUUGCUAUCCCUUGGAGCACAAGCUAAUUUUUUUCACCCUGAAAAAGGAAACACUCCCUUGCAUGUAGCUGCAAAGGCAGGGCAAGUAUCUCAGGCUGAACUAUUAACUGUUUACGGGGCCGAUCCUGGAGCCCCUGACAGCAAUGGCAAAACUCCCAUUGACUAUGCAAGGGAAGCUGGCCACCAUGACCUGGCAGAUAGACUGGUGGAGAUUCAGUAUGAACUAACCGAUCGACUGGCGUUCUACCUGUGCGGGAGGAAACCAGAUCAUAAAAACGGCCAGCACUUCAUCGUUCCGCAAAUGGCCGACAGUUUAGAUUUAUCAGAACUGGCAAAAGCAGCAAAGAAGAAACUACAGUCUCUCAGUAAUCAUUUAUUCGAGGAGCUGGCCAUGGAUGUGUAUGAUGAGGUGGACAGACGAGAGACGGAUGCAGUGUGGUUGGCCACGCAGAAUCACAGCACACUGGUGACGGAGACAACCGUGGUGCCUUUCCUCCCUGUGAAUCCAGAGUAUUCAUCGACACGAAACCAGGGACGACAGAAGCUUGCAAGAUUUAACGCACAUGAAUUUGCAACUCUUGUGAUCGACAUACUAAGUGAUGCAAAGCGCAGACAACAAGGGAAUUCAGUAGCCAGUCCCAAAGACAAUGUCGAACUUAUCUUGAAGAGUGUGGCUGUCAGGCAUUGUAGUGAUAGCCAGGACAAUGAUCAGCCUGACUAUGACAGUGUGGCGUCUGAUGAGGAUACAGAUCAAGAGCUGCCCUCAAGCAAAGGAGAUAGGACCAAGAGUCUGGACUCUGACCUCUCAGAUGGCCCUAUUACUAUGCAAGAAUACUUGGAGGUGAAAAAUGCGCUCUCUGCCUCUGAAGCCAAGAUCCAGCAGCUCAUGAAAGCCAACAACAACCUGAGCGAUGAGCUGAGGCUGAUGCAGAAAAAGCUGCAAUCUCUGCAAAGCGAGAACACCUCUCUCAGGCGGCAGGUCACAACCAAUAUCUAUCAGAUCCCCAGCGGUUCAGACUACCCUGACCCCUCCAGUCCCUCAGCCCUGAAACGCCGGCAGUCUGCGCGGGCCAGUCGGCCCAUGUCUAUGUAUGAGACCGGCUCGGGCCUGAAGCCCUAUCUCCCUAAAGGGGAAACUCCCUACCCAGAGGAGGGUAUCCCCACCCUGCAACCCUUCCCGCCUCAUACGGAAAGGGGCGCUUUUGUGACCACCUCUUCAUCCCUCCCCUCAUUUCCAUCCACCCUGUCUUGGUCGAAGGACGAAAGUGGCCAAAAGGCCUCAAAGUUAGAGAAGCAAAGCAGCAUGCCAGAAAGUGACUAUGACAACACGUUUUAUGACUCUGAGAUGGAUGAUUCAGGUUUGUGUAGGAGAGGGAGGCUGAGGAGCAGUGGCUGGCUGGGGGAGGGCAGCUCCAUCCCUGAGCUGGAUGAUCUGGAGAUGGAGUCAGACCCCACUCUUCCCAGCACAGAGGACGUCAUCCGCAAAACCGAGCAGAUCACCAAGAAUAUCCAAGAGCUGCUGCGAGCUGCUCAGGAGAACAAACAUGAGAGCUUCAUACCCUGCUCAGAAAGAAUACAUGUGGCUGUAACAGAAAUGGCUGCCCUCUUCCCUAAGAGGCCACGCUCAGAGACUGUGAGAGGCUCUCUGCGCUUGUUGACCUCUAGCGCGUACCGGCUUCAGAGCGAGUGCAGAAAGGCGGUGCCUUCGGAGGGCUGCCCGGGACCGGACAUGCAGCUGGUCACGCAGCAGGUCAUCCAAUGUGCUUAUGACAUUGCCAAGGCCGCCAAGCAGCUUGUCACCAUCACCACAAAGGAGAAUACCAACUAACAGCACUUACGAGGCUGCUGAGCCGUUAGCAUCUCAGUUUUAUUCUUAUAUUUUUUUAAAAUCAUUUUGUCAUUUUUUUGUAUUUGUGGUAUAUGCAUGCAUUUGUUUUUUUAAUUUAUGAAUAAGUAUCGACAAUAUUUAAAGCCAACUCUGGACAAUGUCAAGGGAAAAAGUCAGCAGCUUUACUUAGGGAUAUUCAGCUGUUGUAAUAGCACAAUUACACUUGAUGUAAAGACAACAUGCAGCAGCUAGCAGGCCAGGGAAAUAUGAUGGUUUCUAGAUUACUCUUCAAGAAUUAGAGUACAACUCGCUCUUACUUACAGUAAAUCUUUAAUCAGUCCACAAUGUAAAUAUCUUUCAUUGAGAGAAGGAAUUGAGCACAGUACAGUAAACCUAUAUGGUGACACAGGUAAAUGUUAUCAGGCCAAAGCUGGGCACAGAUGCUGAAAAGCCAUAAAUGAUUCAUGAGACCACUGUCAUUGAAUGCUAUUGUAAACACUCUUGUAGCUAAAGGAGCUUCCUCUCAUUAAUUGCACUGUGCAAGCAUGAUCAUCCUGUAAAGUUUAAUCCUCAACAACAAAUGGUUUAGUUAACCUUCAUCAAAUGUUGGGAAUGUCAUUUAUGCACUCUUUGUAGCUCUGCAAUGCUAAUGUUUGUUCGAGAAAGCUAUUUAUAUGGUUUAUCCCCUGUCCCAGUGUAAUCCAGUCUGCAGUACACCUAUUGCAGCUAUUUGUAUAUGUCCAUUUGCCAAGUCAGUGAAUACAAAUAACACUUGUUCAGGGGGCAAGUUAUAUUUUUCACCAGCACCAAGUGUUGUUGUAUUAGGUUGUCAUGAUUUGGUGUGUUUUUUUCAAACAGGCUCCACACUGCACUGUAUCCUGUGGUUUUGUGUGCCAUUGCAGUGUUGGUGAUGUUACAUGAUAUUUAGAGCUAAGAGCCAUUCUGUACGUACGUCCAUGUGUUUCGUGCCCUGUUCCGUUGCUGCUAGUUUUGUAUUUAAUGUGCAACAUGUGGGAUAGAACCGUAGACAUCUCCUGUAUUAUUGUACAACCCCAAUGUUCAUCUUCACCAAGUGUUUCAGAGUUCAUCUGUCAUUUUGAAAUCUGGUCAAGGUAAUGUAGGUGAUGCAGCUGUUAAGCUGCACUUUGGAAAAAUAAUUAUUUUCUAAAUAAACUUAAUUUAUAACUAUA